GGGACACCUGUGCUCUCUCUGCAGGUUGACCAGUGAGAUGGUGGACCCCCAGUACGUGUUGCCUAACGAUGUGGGGCUGGCACUUCUGGACUGCAGUGAGGCCUUCCGGCUGCUGCUGCAGGGUGAGCGGCUCUAUGCCCACCACCUGUCGCGUGCCUGCUGGUAUGGGGGGCUGAUUGUGCUGCUCCAGACCUCGCCUGAAGCACCAGCCAUCUACGUGCUGCUCUCCCGCCUCUUCCGCGCCCAGGACCCCAACAAGCUGGGGGAACUGGCAUGCUCUGCUGGCCUCACUGACGAGGAGUACCAGGCGUUCCUGGUUUAUGCUGCUGGCGUGUUUUCCAACAUGGGGAACUACAAAUCCUUUGGGGACACCAAGUUUGUACCCAACUUGCCCAAGGACAAGCUCCAGCAGCUGAUCUGGCAGAGCCAGGCAUUCCAGGAGCAGCCAGAGGAAAUGGAGUCACUGUGGGGUAGAUGUGGGGAGCUGAUGUUCUCACUGGACCCACGGCAGAGACAGUUGGGGCUAGGAAAGAAGGGCAUUACCACCUAUUUCUCUGCGAACUGCAGUUUGGAAGAUGCCCAGCUAGCCCAGAGGUUCCUCGACUCACAGACCAUCAGUGCCUACAACACACGGCUCUUCAAGAAGAAGGAUGAGGCAGGGCAGACGUGCUAUGAGGUGCGGCUGGCAUCCGUGCUGGGCACUGACGCACCUGUCGAUCCUGAGCUGGCCCCCAAGCUGCGCUGCUUUGAAUUUGAGAGCUGCAAGUUCUGUGUGACCCGCGGGGAUUACGCACCCCUGCUGGAGAAAGUGGUGGAGAACCUACAACGUACAAAGGCUUAUGCUGCCAAUACCAACCAGGAGAGCAUGCUGGAACAUUACAUCCACAGCUUCACCCAGGGCUCCAUUGCUGCUCAUAAGGAGGCUUCCCGCUGCUGGAUCCGUGACAAGGGGCCUAUUGUCGAAAGUUACAUCGGUUUUAUCGAGAGCUACCGAGACCCCUAUGGCUCCCGGGGGGAGUUUGAAGGAUUCGUGGCUGUAGUGAACAAGGCCAUGAGCGCCAAGUUUGCGCAGCUGGUGGCAUCAGCUGAGCAGCUGCUGCUGGAGCUGCCCUGGCCCCGUGCUUUCGAGAAGGACACCUUCCUCAUGCCGGACUUCACCUCAUUGGAUGUGCUGACCUUUGCAGGCAGUGGGAUCCCGGCCGGCAUCAACAUCCCCAACUAUGAUGACAUUCGCCAGACUGAAGGCUUCAAGAAUGUGUCCCUGGGCAACGUGUUGUCAGUAGCCUACUCCACCCAGAAGGAGAAACUUACCUUCCUUGCUGAGGAGGACAAGGACCUGUACAUUAAGUGGAAGGGGCCAUCGUUUGAGGUGCAGGUCGGGCUGCAUGAACUGUUGGGGCAUGGCAGCGGGAAGCUCUUUGUGCAGGAGAAAGAUGGCACCUUUAACUUCGACAGGAACACUGUGAUCAACCCAGAGACGGGGGAGCUGGUCCGGACCUGGUAUCAGAGUGGCGAGACAUGGGACAGCAAGUUCUCCACCAUCGCAUCGAGUUACGAAGAGUGUCGGGCUGAGUGUGUGGGGCUCUACCUCUGCCUCAACAAGGAUGUGCUGCGGAUUUUUGAGCUGAAAGGUGAGGAUGCAGAAGACGUGAUCUACAUCAAUUGGCUGAACAUGGUGCGGGCUGGUCUCCUGGGCUUGGAGUUCUACACCCCUGAAAAUGGCACCUGGCGCCAGGCUCACAUGCAGGCGCGUUUCGUGAUCCUGCGGGUGCUACUGGAGGCAGGCGGAGGGCUGGUGACACUGCAACACACCACAGGCGCCGAUGGCAAACCCGACGCACUCAUCACUCUCGACCGCAACAAGAUCUUGCCCGUGGGGAAGCCGGCUAUUAAGCGGUUCUUGAGCAAGCUGCAGGUGCUGAAAUCCACAGCGGAUGUGACACGGGGCAAGGAGCUCUACGGGGGUUACUCGACCGUCACAGAUGAGGGGCCUGAGCGUUUCCUGAGCCUGCGUGACACUGUGCUGCUGCGCAAGGAGGCACGCAAGAUGUUUGUGCAAGCCAACACCCGCCUGGAAGGAGAGGACGUGACCCUGGUGCAGUAUGAGGGCACCGCAGCUGGACUGAUCCGCUCUUUCACCGAGCGAUUCCCUGAGGAUGCUGAGCUCUUAGAGCGCCAUCUACUGGAGCUGUCAGAUGCUGACGCCCACUUCUGGGCAAACCAGGACUGAGAACAGGGAGACUCUCAAUGCACCAGGGACUCAAUACACUUAGUUUUUGUAUCUGC